UCCGAAGUCAGGGUAGGACAGGCAGGAGGUGGGAGAGUAACUACGAUGACUUCUGCAGUACUGGUGGAUAUUCGAGAUGAGGUGACCUGCCCUAUCUGCCUGGAGCUCCUGACGGAACCCAUGAGCAUAGACUGUGGCCACAGCUUCUGCCAAGCUUGCAUCACAGGAAACAAGCAAUCAGAGACCAGUCAAGAUGGGGAAAGCACCUGUCCUGUGUGCCGGACCAGCUACCAGCCUGGGAACCUCCGGCCUAAUCGGCACCUGGCCAACAUAGUGGAAAGACUCAAGGAGGCAGUGUUGGGCCCUGAGCAGCAGCUGAAGGUAAUUCUCUGUGUACAGCAUGGAGAGAAACUCCAGCUCUUCUGUAAGGAGGAUGGGAAGAUUAUUUGCUGGCUUUGUGAACGGUCUUUGGAGCACCGUGGUCACCACACAUUCCUCUUGGAGGAGGUUGCUCAGGAGUACCAGGAGGUGUUCCAGGAGUCUUUGAAGAAGAUGAAGAAAGAUCAGCAGGAAGUUGAGAAACUAACAGCUGUUAUCAGAGAAAAGAAGGCAUGCUGGAAGACUCAGAUGGAACCUGAGAGGUACCGGAUCCAGACACAGUUUAAUCAGCUGAGAAGCAUUCUGGACAAAGAAGAGCAGUGGGAACUUAUAAAGCUGGAGGAGGAAGAAAGGAAGGGGCUGAGUAUUAUAGAAAAAGCUGAAGAUAAGCUGGUCCAGCAAAGCGAGUCACUGAGAGAACUCAUCUCAGAUCUAGAACGUCGGUGUCAGGGGUCAGCAAUGGAGCUGCUACAGGAUGUGAGUGAUGUCAGAAAAAGGAGUGAGGCCUGGACUUUGAAAAAGCCAAAAGCACUCCCCACCAAGCUGAGAAGUACGUUUCGUCCCCCAGAUUUGGAAAAGAUGCUACAAGUGUUUAGAGGUGAGCAGAGUUGGGAAAUAGAGUUUGGAUGUGGGAUUACCAUAGUGGUAAGAAAUAAAUAG